AUUAUAUAUAAAGUCUUCAAUUUGAUUUGAAUCUUCAAAUUGGAAAAAUACCUCGAUCACUUUCAGGUUCGGGGAUUAGGGUUUUUAAGGCUGUGAAAGAUUUUGUCUCGUUGCUGGUUCGUUUACUCCCCCUCAUUUUGAAUCUUUAUUUGGAUUUUUUCACUUUCAGAAGUUGCUAAGAUGGAAAACAACGACCUAUUUCCUGCUAAGAAGCAAGAAGCUGAGGAAACUAAGUUUAUUUCUGAGGAGAAGCCUCCUCCUCCUGUGACGACCAAAGUUGCUAAGAUGGAAUAUACCGACUGGUCUCCAUUGCUGAAGGAACACUGCGAACGGUAUCUUGCUAAGAAGAAAGAAGAGGACCGUAAGUAUUUUUCUGAAUUUUUUCUUGGUGAUAAACCUCGUGCUGUGAAGACCAACAUUGCCGACAAUCAUACUUUGCCAUUUCCCAAGCCGUUCCCAAAUGAAGGAUUAGAAGUUGAAAGCUACAAUGAAAAAAUGAAAAGAAAACUAUGUUGUUAUCAGCCUUCUAAGAUGUCUCUCAAUUUCAACUCAAUUUUUGAUCUAAAGCAGCUAGAUAAAAAAGUUGAAGUUGCUAAGAUGGAAUAUACCGACUGGUCUCCAUUUUCUGAAUUUCUUCGUAAUAAACGUCCUGCUGUGAAGACCAACAUUGCCGACAAUCAUACUCCUGCUGUGACAUCCGGCACGCUUUUUGUGACGUCUGACCCGUUUCUUGCUGAAAGAGUUACUAAGAGGCUAGAGGAAGAGUCUCUUGAGACGACCAAUCCGGUUUGCAACCCUUUUGCUGCUAAGAAAGAAAAGGAAAGUAAGUUCGUAAUGACCAAACCGCUUGUUGCUGAGAAGCGUCCUGUGACAUCCGACUCGCUUUUUGUGAUGUCUGACCCGUUUCUUGCUGAAAGAGUUGCUAAGAGGCAAAAAGUAGAGAGCUUAGAGGAAGAGCCUCUUGAGACAACCAAUCCGGUUUGCAACCCUUUUCCUGCUAAGAAAGAAAAGGAGAGUAAGUUCGUAAGGACCAAACCGCGUGUUGCUGAGAAGCAUCCUGUGAUGUCUGACCCGUUUCUUGCUGAGAGGCCUCCUCACAUGUUUCUAAACAUUUUUUUUGCUUAUCAGCAAAAAGUGGAAAAACUUGCUGAGAUGCUAAAAAUAGAGAGCAUAGAGGGAGAGCCUCAAGUCACGACCGACCCUCUUGUUGCCAAGAAGCAUCAUGUGUCGACCAUGUUUCUAAACCUUUUUCUUGCUUAUAAACAAGAAGUUGAAAGAGUUGCUAAGAUGCUAAAACAAGAGAGCGUAGAUGGAGAGCCUUUUUUGACGACUGACCCUAUUCUUGCUGAGAAGCCUCCCGUUCUUGCUUAUCAGCAGGAAGUGGAAAGCUCUAAGAAGAAAGAAGAGGAAAGUAAUACAACCAACAUCGCCGAGAAGCAUACUUUGACAUACUUUGACGACAAACCUGUUUCACAACCUGCAUCUUCAAGUGAUACAGCUACAUGAAGAACUUGCCAAUGAGGGGUGCCUUUCAAACAACAAAGAGGACAAUCCCUUUGCACCAUUUGGAUGAUGGGAUCAGUAAUUAAGUGUAUAUGUUGAUUUUUGUUCAAAGUAUCUAUCCCUUUUGAUGAUUAUAUUUUAAAAUUUCCGUGUAGACAUUUGUAAUAUUGGGUUAGUAACAGAUGAACUCUUUCUGUUUUAUUUUGACAAAACUCUUGCUA